UUGCAGUCUAGCUCAAAAGAGGAUCUCAGCAAGAUAGCAGGUGUGUGAAAAUAAUCUGCAGACAUGAGAAGUCUGGCAUUAAUUCUCACGCUGCUGUUCCACACAGGGACACAUGGAUUCACCCUCUGGCAGCAUGAUGAGCCUCAGCCACCUCCAGAUGCAGCUGAUGAGUUAGAGAAUGCAUUAGACACUGCAUGGGAGUUUGUAUCCCGGGCUUACAAAGAACUGGAGCAAUCAGAAUAUGUACAGGACCUGAAAGUCAAGGAGAAUGUGCAGACUGUGAAAGACGCCCUACAGGAACUGGAAGAGAUAUUUGAUAAAUAUGGGGAGGAGGUAGACAAGGAGUUUAAGGAGAAGUAUCCUAUCAUCUCUGAGAAGGUCAUCCCUGCAUUUGAGUCAUUUUACAAAAACUUAGAAAAGCGCUUGGGAAAACUGGUAAGAGAAGUUCAGCCUCUGGGAAAAGAUCUAUAUAACGGCAUUUGGAGGAAGUGGAACAUGUUCCUAGGGAAGCUGCACCCCGUCGCAGAAUAUACCCGAGACAAAAUACGCUCAGAUGUGGAAGCUCUUCGGGCAAAAAUUGAACCCCAUUUGGAAGAGAUUCGCAAGGAGCUUGAGGAAGCAAAGGCUAUAUCAGAUGCCAAAUUAGAGGUGCUUAAAGAUGCAGUGAACAAGGAGUUGAAGGCGGUGAGCAAGAUGUCAGAGCCACAUCUGAAAAGUUUGAAGCAAGCGAUGGAUACGAAUACUGAGGAGCUGCAGAAGACUUUAGAGGACAUGCUGGUGGCUGUAAGAAAUGCUGCCAAAAAUUAUAUGUAGAUACAAAAAGAGACACAACUCCUAAGACUUCCUCUGUCUCCUGAUUCUGGGUUUUUGUCAUUUUUUUCAUUGUAUCUUUUCCUCUAUGUCUUUGCCUCACUAUUUUAUUCUCUCCUUCUCUCCUACUUACUGUUCCCACACUCUGCCCAUCUACCUCUUACCAUCUACUUGACCAAAAUGAAAAUAAAAUAAUUUUCUCAA